ACAGUGCCCUUUCCAGCCGGAAUUUUUGCAAUUUAUGGUUCAAUUAACUGUAUUAUGAUAGAUCUAGUGAAGCAGAAACCGUCAAAAAGGUUAGACCUUCAAGGUAUUCGAGGUCUUGCUAUUACAGUUGUACUAGGUUUUCAUUUCUAUCCAGAAGCUUUUCCCAAUGGAUAUCUUGGAGUUGAUCAGUUUUUUGUCCUAUCCGGAUUUCUAAUGUGCAUGUUGCUCAAAAGAUCUGAAAAUAAGCCCACGUGCUCUUUAGUCACUACUUUUUAUUUCAAAAGAUUCAAAAGAAUUCUACCAUUAUAUCUUCUCAUAAUAUUGAUUUCUAUGAUCUGUCUCUACAAUUUCUUCCCGGAUACCGCAGUGGAAACUAAUCAAGAAUCCGCAAAUCAUGCUCUGCUUUUUGUCUCAAAUCGCCCAAAAACUGAUCAAGAAGAUUAUUUCCAGCAGCUCUCUAUUGCAAUUGACAUCUUCACACAUACCUGGUCGUUAUCAGUGGAAAUUCAGUUUUAUUUUCUUGUUCCGUUUAUUUUCAUAAUAUCAACAUAUUUUUCCGAAAUUCUUCAGUAUGGAUAUUUUUGUGUGAUAGCUAUCACAUCGUUGGUAUAUUUUAAUGUUAUAUUUUCGACAGAGGCGUUUAACAGUGUACUUGCAAGAAUUUGGCAGUUUAUGAUAGGAAUGAUGGUGUACCUAUUUUCGAAAUCAGAAGAGAAUUAUCAAGUUUUGAACAACAAUGAAGACGAGGAAGUUGGAGAAUGUAAAAAGUUACUCAUGGAUGCUGAAAGUGAUCAAGAAGUCGAGUAUAAUCCUGGUGACAAAAUUGUAGAAUUCGCUCAAAAGACUUCGUAUAUUUUGCUCACUGGCCUUUUAUUGAUGACAGGGUUCCCAUUGGUUUUACCUCCGAUUUUUGCGAGACCUUUGGUAACCAUUGGAACAGGGUGCUUAAUGACUAUUUCCAAAGACAAUACAUUUCUAUCAAACAGAGUUUUGACCUAUAUCGGUGAUAUUUCAUACGCUCUUUAUCUUAUUCAUUGGCCAAUUUAUGCGUACUGGAAAUUAUCAUGUGAUGGAAACCAAUAUCUACUGGUCUGCGCCUUGGUAUCAUCUUUUUUCUUGGCAGUUCUCGUAUUUGAAACUUUCGAAAAAUGGUACCUCAAACUGUCUUCUACAAGCGUUGGAAUACUUGUGGUAGCGCUGUUCUUCCAGAACAUAGUUCUUAUCAACAAGGAUCUUAUAAUGGAUAAUUUCAUGUCAGUUGGUCAGGACGCUUCCAGUCUGGAUAAUGUUACAGAUGACAUGACUCUUGAUGAUGCGGCAAGAUUAAAUCAUCGAUGGAGUGUGUUUGAUCGGAAAUUUUUGCGCGUUCCGUCUUGUGUCUACGAGACGAAAUCUCAUUUGGGAUGGUGCAGGCACACGGGUCUAUCUCCAUUGGGAAAGUACAAAAUGGCAAUUAUUGGAAACAGUUGGACUGCAAAUCACGCUAGAAUGUUCUACCAAGAGUGUGGCCACAAGGCAAAAAAUAUAAUGCAAGGAGCAGCUUAUGGUUGUGAAGCUCUUUAUCCGAGCACAUUCAACCGGGAUUUGUGCAGACAAAACUUCACACAUUUUGCAGAACGGAUUAAAAAUGAGAAACCGGAUUAUGCAUUUAUUUUUACACGGUACAUGUCAAUCGGUGCGCCAUUUCCCAGAAACGUCACAAAUUUCAAUGACGACCCAAUCUACCAGAUAAUGAAAACCCAAAUGCUGAACUUCAUUUCAAAUAUUAAAUACAAACUCUACAUCCUAGAUGCCUUGCCUAAUAUCAAACGGAAAAGCAUUGACAAUAUUGUUCCGUUGAUAAGGAAUCAUACGGAUUUUGCAGAUAUUGAUAACACUGUAAUCAAACUUGGUGACUACGAAAUGGCUCGAAAAAGAUAUGAUCAACUUGUGAAGGAUUGUAAUGGAAAAUGUGUUUUAGUGGAUUACCUGCCAGAAUUCUAUAACAACUCAACUGGAACAUUCCGUUAUUUUGACGACAAGGGAUUUGCGUAUUGGACAGAGUCGUUACAUUUAUCACCUCAUGGAAUAGAGCACAUUCGGCAUGUUUGGAAGGAUAUAUGCUCCAAACUGUAAAUAAUUAUUUCAACAAUAUAUUUUUAUAGCAUAUUUUAAAACAAAUCACUACAGAGAACGUUUCUGAAAUCUUGAAGUAAAUGUAGCGAAUUACC